CCGCGCGGGGUGUCGCCCCCUGCCGGGCACCGCGGGCCGUGACACCCUGCGGCGCGCGGGGUCCCGGUGCCGACGGUGCCCCGGGAAUGUGCCCCGGGAAUGUGCCCAGGGAAUGUGCCCCGGGAAUGUGCCCCGGAAUGUCCCUCCGGAACGGCCCUCGGGGCGCGGGUACCGCUGGCGGCUGUCUUUCGGGCCGUCCCUCAGGACGCGGGAUCCCAGGGUGGCUGUGCCCAGUCUAUGUCAGCGCCAUCCCGUGGAGUUCGCAGCCGCCUUCCCGCCGAGCGCUGCCCGGGUGAGGCGGGACAGCGGCGGUCCCUGCGGGCACAGCAAUGCCCGGGCCGCCGGAGCCGCCCUCGAGCCGGCCUCAGCGCGGACAGGGCGGUGCGCUGCGCCGCACUCUCGGAGUCCCGUCAGCCCGUCCCGUCCUGUCCUACCCUAUUCUAUUCUAUCCUAUCCUGUCCCGUUCCGUUCCUCGCCAUGGGCUCGACUGCUCCCGUGUUCAUCGGCGCCGAGGAGGUGGAGAAGCACCUGCACCGCGCCAGCCUCCUGCUGCCGGCGCUGGAGGCCGCCCUGGCCAACUUCUCUGCGGGCGCGGCGGGCGGGGUGGUGCAGCCGGUGCGCACCGUGCUGCCCGUGCCCCGGCACGGCGGGUACCUCGGAGUCAUGCCCGCGUACAGCGCUGCCGACGAUGCGCUGACAACCAAGCUGGUGACUUUCUACGAGCACCUGAAGGACUCCUCUGUGCCUUCCCACCAGGCCACUGUCCUCCUGUUUGACCCCAGCAAUGGCACUCUGAAAGCUGUCCUGGAUGGCAGUGUCAUUACAGCAAAACGAACAGCUGCAGUUUCUGCCAUCGCUACCAAGUUGUUAAUGCCACCUUUUGCAGAAGUGCUGUGCAUUUUGGGAGCUGGUGUUCAAGCAUACAGCCAUUAUGAUAUCUUCACAGAACUGUUCACAUUUAAAGAGGUGAGGGUAUGGAACCGCACCAAGGAGAAGGCAGUGAAGUUUGCCAGCUCCGUCAGCGGCCCCGUGCGGGUCUGCUCCUCCGCCCAGGAGGCGGUGACAGGGGCUGAUGUGAUUGUCACAGUCACCAUGGCAACAGCUCCCAUCCUCUUCGGAGACUGGGUGAAGCCAGGUGCCCACAUCAAUGCUGUUGGAGCAAGCAGACCAGACUGGAGAGAGCUGGAUGAUGAGCUGAUGAAGAAUUCUGUUCUGUUUGUGGAUUCCAGAGAUGCUGCUCUUACAGAAUCAGGAGAUGUCAUUUUGUCAGGGGCAGAGAUUUUUGCUGAGCUGGGGGAGGUAUUGAAGGGUACAAAACCAGCCCUGCCUGAGAAAACAACAGUGUUUAAAUCACUGGGGAUGGCAGUUGAAGACACGGUAGCAGCAAAAUUUGUUUAUGAUGCAUGGUCAGCUGGUAACUGAAGAGAGAAGUCUACAAAGCCAAUGAGGCCAAGAAAAUCGUUUGCACUUAGUUUCCUUGAAUCCUGUGUUAACAAGAAAGGCACCAAUCCUGUCUAAAUCCUUCAAUAAUUUUAAGAAUAUUCAAGAAGGACAAGUAAAAUUUCAGCAAUAGACUAAUUUCUAAAGUCUUCUAAUUUCAAGUAUUAGAUACUUGCAGUAUUGUUAAUAAAUGUCUCUCUUGUAACAGCAAGCAUUAGAUGUUUGCAGUGAUACUAACAAGGGUAUCUUUCCAUAUUUUGGUAUCAUUCUGGAAUCAAUGCCUUUCCUCUCUAAUUAUUUAUGGAGCAGAAGCCUGUGUGUAGAUUUUGUGGUUUUUAGAGGGAUAAUUAAUUCUGGUGUAAAAUAGAUCAGUUUGUAGAAUGGACUCUGGCAUCAUAUUUACCUGUGGUGGUACUUUAAAUGCAGCUGUGGGUUUCAGUAUUCCAGUGACAGUGACGUCUUCAGCCUUCUAGGCACACAGCCCACCUCUAACUCCUGGACACAUCUUCCUUUCCAGCUCACUGGAAAUCACCAUUUUCUUCACCCCUGGCAAUCCACCUUCCUUUGCCCUCAGACUCGGUGGUUUUUCACUAAGGGCACAGUUCUCAGUGGGGGUUUAUGUAAUAACCAUACCUCCCUGCAGCUGGGUUUCUGCUCAGUACUUCCCUUAGAACAUGCCUCACUGGGAUAUUGCCAUUUUCAUAUUGCAGGGAGUCACACAGACUGUGAGGACUAAGUGUCUUGUCUUUAACUUUUAUCUCAGUUCUGUAGGGAGAUUUUGCCGUUAAUCUAUGAAUCCUCUAAGUUGUUUUUCUAAGUUUCUUGAAGGCUGGAGCUGCACAAACUGAUUUCAAGUAUACAGGCAAAAAUUUUCAGUUUGGCUAUACUAUGCUUCAAUUGCUAAUUGUUCUAUUAUCACAGAUAUUAGCUGGGGCAGGAAUUUUCAUGAUCCUUUCCUGGCAGAGGAACCCAGUGACAUAAGGAAAAGUUCCAGUUUUGUGCUGUUAUGCAACUGCCUUGCAAAAGAGUGAGCAUCUGCUGAAAAACAGCUAUUGCCCUGGAAACAGAUUCCUGUCCCAGGCUCACAAGUUGUGCCUUGUGAAAUUUUAUUUCCAUUUGCAUAUUAUUUCAUGCAGGCUAUUAAGUGUUUCUUCAUGCUGUGGAAGAGUUGGAUGACAGGGCAUUUAAUAACAUGUCAGUAGAAUAGAAGAGCACAGGAAGGAGGGUCAGGAGCAGCUGGCAUUACAGCCCUGGAGGGUGCAUAGGCAGGUGUAGAAGAGGUUAAUGAGUACAGUGCAGGUGUGAUGUAAAUAAUACUCCCAGUUGUAAGCCUGGUGUUGGAAGAGCUAGUUGGAAAAAGUACAAAGUGGUAGAUGUAGCAGAGAAAGGUACCAGACUCCUGAUAGGCCUGAAGGAUGUUUGAUGUGGAUUCAAACUGAACUCCACUUGUCCUGUUUAUCCCAUCAAAAAAAAAAACCAACAAAAAAAACCCCCCCAAAAAAAACCAACCACAAAAAAAACCCCAGAAAAUUCUCUGUGAGCUUCUGUGUUUUAAUUAUAGCAAAAUUACUCUUCUGUCUUUACAUGUCUUGUUUCUUCUCUGUCAUUUCUGAUGUGUACAGAAGUUUGUGUUGACUUAGUUUCUUGGUUCAUUCAUGCAGAACUACACUAACCUGAGGUAAACAUGAAAAUAAAUGAUGCUCCAUUAUUCAAGAACUCUAUGGAAACUUCCAAUUAAUAAUUAUGACAGUAUAAUCCCAGUUCUGUGCCAGUGGUAUGCCAGAUUUGCAAUUUGAAGUGAGAUGUAGUGUUUGGGAAGAAGACAAGUCCAGUUUAUUUUCACAUGUACUCCCCUACAGACUAUGCACUUUAAAAAAAUAAAUGGAGCCAGUCCAAAGACCUGGUUCUGAAAACCCACAUUGUUCUCAGCUUCAUUGGCAGUGGGAGAUUUUGGGAGCCUGGCUUCAGUGUUGUACCUCUGAUGUCAUGAAGUUCAGUUACAAUGGGAAUUGCUUGGAUGCCACCUUUAGAUUUUCUGAGGGGAAAUAAUAGCAUCAAUUUCUAUGUUUCUUUCUCUUACAAACUAAUGGAUCAUGAAAUUGUGUAACUUGCAUUUAUAUUAAAAUUAAAUAGAUACUGCUGUUUUUCUUUGACACUCA